CGACAAUAACAGAGGGGCGGGGCUAAAACCUUUUUUUAAAAAAAAAUCUUUUCGCUUCAGCGAUUAGCACAAAGCUAACAGGGAAAAGCUCCCCAGUUAAUCAGUUUGUGAAGUAAAUCCCAGCUGCAAAUGGCGACCACCAUAAGAUUUGGAACCACUAGCGACCCGCACAGGUCGUCUGCCGCUGCUGAGAGGAUGCAGGUGGCAGAGGACGCUGAUGAGAAGGGAAACUGUGACCCGGAGAAACUUCUGCAGUGCCCCUUUGACAAGAAUCACCAGAUCCGGGCCUGCCGCUUCCCUUACCAUCUGAUAAAGUGCAGGAAGAAUCACCCGAAACUGGCCAGUGAGCUAAAAACCUGCCCGUUCAAUGCUCGCCACCUGGUCCCAAAGCACGAGCUGACAUACCAUACUGAAACCUGUGAGGACAGAAUCUCUGUGGACACUGAAGAUGGUGCGAGCACAAAUGGAUAUUGUAAAUGGCAGGUCCCAGUCAGUACUUGGGUGAACUCAGACACGACUGAGGACUGGGACAAAGAAGCUGAUGACACUGCUGCUCCAUUUGUGUGGGGUGUGAACACGGUCUUGAAUGAAAACAGAACGGAGAUGAUGCCCACCAACAAUCUUGGUCCCAGUUUUAGAACGCCCAAUACCCUCCCAUGGUCUGGUUUAUAAGCAUUCAUUUGUGCUCACUUUUUAUAUCCAGAUACCAACUUGGGCUACGUUCACACUGCAAACCAUAGUGCUCAAUUCUGAAUUUGUUGCUCUUAUCUGAUCUUUUUUUUUUUUCUUGGCUGUUCACAUUAUUUUUUAGGAUCUGAACUAGAUUUCAGGGUCACAUGAUGUAUGACGAAUGUCUAUCUAGAGUAUAUUAAAUCAGAUUUCAUGUGAUUUGUGCCAUGACAAAAAAAUCUGAUCUGAGUCACAUAUGAGCAAAUAAAAGAUCACAUUUGAGUCACUUUGGUCUGCAGUCUGAACGUAGCCUUUGUGUCGGCAACAUAUCCAUGGAUAUUUCUUUUUAAUUUGUUCUUAAGUUUUUGUUCUUAAAGUUUUUGCACAUGUAGUAAUGUUUUUAAUUUGCAUAACCAAGUCUGUGUAUAAUAACCCUAAAAGCAGAGUAUAGUGACAGUUGAGUGGCAUUCACAAUAGUGCCUCAUUUUUUUCCUGCAUUGUCUUGCAUUUACUCCCUGUUGCAAUAACAAAUGGCAUUGGUUGGAUAUUGUGAAUUAUGCAUGUUAUAUUAAAGGUGUUUAUUUCAAAUAA